UCAGCGAUGGCGUCUGCUUAUCUGAGAAAGGAGCUGGACUGUUCCAUCUGUCUGAGCACUUAUACAGAUCCUGUAAACCUGACAUGCGGACACAACUUCUGCCGGGUCUGUAUUGAUCGUGUGCUGGAUACACAGGAGGGAUCUGGAGAUUAUUCAUGUCCUCAGUGCAGAAAAAGGUUUAGGAGUCGUCCUACACUGCAGAGGAACAUAACACUGCGUAACAUAGUGGAGAAUUUCUGCUGUGUUCAUCCAGAUCUGGCGGAGGCGACUGGGAUCUUCUGUACUUACUGUAUUCACUCUCCUGUACCUGCUGUUAAAUCCUGUCUGAUGUGUGAAGCUUCUCUGUGUGAUAUUCACUUGAGAGUCCACAGUAAGGCACCAGAACAUUUCCUAACUGAACCCACCACUUCCAUGGAGAAGAGAAAAUGUUCUGUCCAUAGAGAACUUCUUAAAUAUUACUGCAUUGCAGAUGCUGCCUGUAUCUGUGUGACCUGCAGUUUGGCUGGAGAACACCAGGGACACAAGGUGGAGACUCUGGAUGAGGCGUCUGAGAAGAAGAAAAAGAAACUGAGAACUGGUCUUCAGAAACUGAUCACAGAGAGAGAGGAGACUGAGAGAAGAGUCCGGAGUCUGCAGGAACGCAGGAGAAAAGUACAAGAAAAAUCAUCUGGUGUAACAGAGAGAGUCACUGCCCUGUUCAGAGACCUCAGGAGACAUCUGGAAGACCUGGAGAAGAGAGUCCUGAGGGAGAUCUCCAGGCAGGAAGAGCGGCUCUCACAUCAAUUGUCUGACCUGAUCCAGAAGCUGGAAAUAAAGAUUGCUGAGCUGUCCAGGAAGAUGUAUCACAUUGAGGAGAUGUGUAACAUGACUGACCCACUGACUGUCUUACAGGAAUCAGACACAGGGGACUUGUGUGAUACUGAGGAGGGAGAUGAUGAGGACAGAGAGAGACAUGAUGAACUCCUCCAUGAUGGGAGGGAUCUGGAUGUGGCUGGGAUCUCCCACACAUUACACUCGGGGUUAUCUGAUAUGAUGAUAAGGGUCCAUGUCUACCUUGAUAUAUAUAAAGCUUCAGGUAUAGUACUGGAUGUAAACACAGCUCAUAAUAGGCUACAGAUAUCAGAAGAUAUGAAAACUGUAUCCAGGUCAGAUGUAAGGGAAGAUCGUCCAGAAACACCAGAGAGAUUUCAGAAUUAUAUUCAGGUAUUAAGCAGCGGGAGAUUUUCCUCGGGGCGACAUUACUGGGAAGUGGAUGUCAGUAAAUCGCUGUCAUGCAGAGUCGGGAUGUGUUAUCCCAGUAUAGUCAGGAGAGGAGAACAGUCAUGGAUUGGAAAAAACAAAAAGUCCUGGGGUUUAUACAGGGCUGGGUAUAAGUUGUCAGUGGAAUAUAACAGCAAACUCAUACGUUUAACUGACAAUUUCUCCAGUAACAGAGUCAGGAUCUAUCUGGAUUAUGAGGCCGGACAGCUGUCCUUCUAUGAUCUGUGUGACCCGAUCCGACACUUACACACCUUCACCACCACCUUCACUGAGCCCCUUCAUGCUGUAUUAGGGGUGGGGAAAGGGUCAAACACCACACCGCACGAUGCCUGCCGACUCGCCGAAAUAAAAGAAGUCCCGCCGCACGACGACCCAUUCGAACCAGACGAAGACUCGCCGCAAAAUGACAUCUCUGGCCAGAAUAUGCUGCCUGUAUCUGUGUGUCCUGCAGUUUGGCUGGAGAACACCGGGGACACAAGGUGGAGACUUUGGAUGACGCGUCUGAGAGGAGGAAACAAACUCAGCAAUGUUCUGCAGGAACUAAUCACAGAGAGAGAGGAGACUGAGAGAAGAGUCCGGAGUCUGCAGGAACGCAGGAGAAAAGUACAAGAAAAAUCAGCCGGUGUAACAGAGAGAGUCACUGCCCUGUUCAGAGACCUCAGGAGACAUCUGGAAGACCUGGAGAAGAGAGUCCUGAGGGAGAUCUCCAGGCAGGAAGAGCAGCUCUCACAUCAAUUGUCUGACCUGAUCCAGGAGCUGGAAAUAAAGAAGGCCGAGCUGUCCAGGAAGAUGCGUCACAUUGCGGAGAUGUUGCCUCCGGGCGCUUGGUAUAUGGAGCAUGUGCCGGAGUACGUGCAGUGCAUUUGCCAUUCAGCCCUUCCAGCCAUAAGGAUGUUUCGGGGCUAUGGUUACAAAGAAUGGCGUCAGCGAACUGUGCUCUCCAAACACCAGGCCAAGCUAAUCUGUCCUCCAUUCCGCGUGUCCUUUAUAUCUAAAACCCUUCCCAGAACCCUGUGCUCCAUACCCCAGAACCCUGUGCUCCAUACCCCAGAACCCUGUUCCCACUAUUUUGCAAAGAUGAAUGGGAUUAUUUAUGAAGAUCUGAACAUGAACGGGAUCAGCAGCUGA